UUCAGAUUGAUAAGAACGAAAGAUAAAAUAGCAUUUAUAGUUUUCAAUUGUCAUUAUAAAUGAAUAUUAAAUGAACAAAUUAUCAUUUUUUCAAGCAGAAGCAAAUUAUUCGUCAUUAAUUGUUUAAUGCACUGAAUGUUUGAAGCCAGCAGACUGAUUGUUUGAAGAUAAGAAUCGAAAAUGGAUGGUUUUUCGAUAAACACAAUUCAGGAGACGGUCCACCUGGUCUCCAUGUUCAGUUACAUGAACACACUGAGUGAUUUUCUAUUCUCAAAAUCGUUGAUAGCUGAAAAUGAAAAAUACCAAUUGCUACCAGUCGCUAAUGGAAUUUAUCGUUACCUAGAGGAUGAUACACCACCAAUUGGAAUUCAAGAAAAGAAGAGAAUUUUAAUUAAGGAGGUAAUUAAUGGUAGUGAUAUUUACGGUGGUAAGAAAGACGAAAUACCCGAUCCAAUAUUUGUCAAUGAAUUAUUCAAAAGAAUCAUCACUUCUAUCGUUUUUAAUAACGAUACAAAUAUUUAUGGAUUCAUUCUCAAUGAAGUUCGUAAUUCGAGUACGACCGAUGUUGGGAUACUGAUUGACAAAAUGAGGGAUACAUUGAAUCGAACUUUACCUAGUUUAGUUUUUGAACGAGUAUUUAAUGAUUAUAUUUUACCGCUGUUUCCCCAACCGGAACAAAAUUUAACAUCAUCAUCAGUAGCAUCAUCAAUUAAUUUAACAUCCGUCGAAUUUAUUUACGCCCAAGCUGGAGCAAUGUUUUUACUUUCGGGUACAUCGAAUCCGGAAAUUGAAGAAUUCCUUCAUACAAAUAAGAAACAAGACAAUUUUCACGAAUGUCUACAUUUGGCUCACAUAAUCGAAAAUCUAAUCUUUGAUGAAAAGGUUGAUGGUGAAUUUGUUUGGAUAUUCACCCUACCGGCUAUGCUCUACUAUGUCAGGAAUGAUAGAGAAAAACUUGUUGACGAAACAACAGCAAACAUUGUCACAAAUCCGGAACAUGUCCAAAAUGCUUUGGAGCAAUUGUUCACCUAUUUGAACGAAACAAUUGAUGGAAUUAUAUCAACUAGGAACAAUGAUACACGUUAUCAAUUUUUGUUAGCUAUGUCAGAUUAUAAAAAUCGAACCGUAAUUGCCAGGGAACUAAUCGAGGAGAAAUGCUUCCUUCCCAAUGGAACAAAUGUCAAUGACGAAAUUAUUAGGUACAAGAACAAUUACGAGACAUUUAGUUGCAGUAGCAAACGAAUUAGUGAAAUUAUCCGGAUUUUGAAUAACGGAUCCAGCGGAUUUUUGCUGAAUUUAGAUACGAAAAAUGUUGGGGAAUUGCUACCGAUUUUGGAGAAUGGGAAUAUUUACCAUGUCCUGGUGGAUUUGCACAAUGGGAGCAUUUCCGAACUACUGCUACUGUCAAAAAGGAGGGACAUUAACGAAGUGCUGCUUGGACCAAAGAAGGAAAACAUUAGCGAAGUACUGGAGAAAAUAAACCAUGAUAACAAUAUUAACGAAUUCCUUCCAGAAUCUCAAAAUUACAUCAGCAAUCUCCUGCUGGACCUAACGAAUGAAAGCACUAAAGGAAUGCUCCUAAUUUUAAACAAUGGUAAUAUUAGCGGAUUUUUGCUACCACUGACGAAAGAAGACACCAAUGGGUUCGUGCUAAUUCCGAUGAACAAAAACGUUGACGAAUUACUUCCGAUUCUGACUAACGGAAACAUUAGACAACUGCUGAUGGAUCUAAACAAUCGAAACAUUGGCGAAUUCCUCCUGGACCUAAAUAACGGAAACAUUAACGAAAUGCUCCCAAUUCGGAAGAAUGGAAACAUUAAUCUAGAGGAUCCUAAUAAAAACCAGAUACAACAAAUUUUGGGUAGCGGAAAUAUACUCAAUUUGCUGCCCUAUCUUAAUAGGGAAAACAACAUUACUCAUCAAUUGUAUCAAACAGUUCUGAAAACAUACCAAACAAAUCUCUAUCAACAUAGUAAGGAAUUAUUACCAAACAUCAAUGAAUUAUUCAAUCAACAAAAUGAGAAAAUUUCGGAAAAAUACCAUCACUAUGAAAAGGACGCACUAGCCGAAGUUUUUGGUGACACUUUCAUCGAGAUCCAAAAUGGUAAAGGUGUCGAAAUCUCCCAAGGACUCUACAAGGCGUUUUAUGCCGGUGAAGGAAUUGCCGGUGGGGCUGAACGUCAAGCACUCAGUCCCCAGGUUGAUCUACUAAAAUUCCGGUACAAUUCCGGUGAAAUAGUCUACUAUGCACUUGUACGUAAAAACAAUACUAUCGAAUUAAUCGCCGAAGCUGAUAAUGAUAAAUUUCGUGAACAACUAGGUCUCUCAGUUUGGGAGAAAUUCAACGACAGAGAUUUCAAGAUAAUUAAGAAAUCAAACGAAAUGUUUACAACUCUAAUCAAUAGAAUUGCGGAUGAUAGAAGAAAGAGUAUGCUGAAGAAUUUAAAAGCCGAGGGUUACGAUAUAACCCGAAAAGAAUGGUGGAAGGAUUUUGGUCUCAAUUUAAUACCAUUCUAUACAUGCUGGAAAGCAUUUCAGGAACGUGAUGAACAUAUCGGUGUACCAUCUUGUACAAUAGACGGUCUAAUGGUUCUGAGUGUUUUUGCCGAUAUUGCACAAGUUGUUGACAAAUUUUUAAUGCAAUCCACAAGAUUAGCAAUAGCGAGAGCAGAAAUAAAGUUCACAACACUAAUGCUACGUGAAAGUAUAACGGAAAUUAGUGAGAAAACUUUGAAAAAUGUGGCAUUUGGUUUGAGAAAAGAAAUGUUUCGUGGUAUCGCAACAACUGUUAUUCGUUUUCUAGAUCCUGGUGUGGAACAUCUUUUCAAAAUCAGUAAAUUUAGUUUAAGUGCCAUAUGGCAAUUGACCACCAAACUAAGUUCCAGAUUACAAACAAACUUUCCUCUUUUCACAAAGAUUUACAACUUUUUGAAUCAAAUGACAAAAGGAACAUAUAGGAAACUAAAUACAAUUUACGGUAAAAAUCUCUACGUUAAAACAAUCAACGAUCACAGUACUUAUGGUUAUGGUUACAAAUUUUUCGAAAAUCCCUCUGGACAAUUACGAUUCGUCACUAAACGAGAGGAGGAAAUUUAUCUCGUUCUCCUAAAAGGUAAGAACAAUGAAAAAAUUUACAAAGAAAUAAAUCCUUAUACCGGACAUACAAAAAGUGAAUACCAUCUUCAAAAUCGUUUUCCACACGAGAGAGUGGAAAAUUCAGAGGUAAAAUUCAAACUCCCUGAGGAACUUAAAACCAAUUGCUUACGAACCAGAAGACAAAGGAGAUCACCCGAAUUCUUUUGUAAACGUCUAAUGUCACUAUUAAAACGUGAAGAAGCACAAAAAGAGGCUUUAAAGACUGCCAGGAGAUUAAAAUUUCCCCUUCCUGAUAAUAUCAACGAUAUAUUAAAUAGUUAUUUAUACACAAAUACAAACAAUGAGAUAAAUUUUAUUCUCGAUUGGAUUAAAGAAGGUAAAUUACCAUUGUACAAAUGGAGUUCAAAAAAACUUAGGAAUCCCCAAGAAUUUCAUGCACUAUUAUAUUGGAAUUAUCUCGACAAUCCCUAUUUAAGUGAAUGGGAGGCAAAUCAAUUGAUAGCAACAACAUAUAAUAAAAAUGAUCGAAAGUCAAUUGAAUUAUUUAAACCAAUAAAUCAAAUACAUAAUGAAUUUUUACAAUAUCGUGCCUAUGAAUCAAUGUCAUUUAUUGAUUUUUAUUCAAUUGGUAAUUAUUUACAUCGUGGUUCACGUAAAUUAAGUUACAGUACAAAUGAAGCAUUACUGAUGAAACAAGCAAUUUAUCGUUUAGCUAUAAGACAAAGUGAUCUUGAAUUUAAGGGAAUUAGUAAAGUUUAUUUUGCCACUGAAUUAAGGGAAUUUAAUGAUUUUGAAAAUACAUUUUUAUGGAAUGAAAAACAAUAUUUGCUACCAGAAUUUAUAACAACAACGACAAAUUUAUUAUCGGCUAUGGAAUAUGUUCAUAUAAUGGGUAAUAAUUAUGUUAAAGUACUUUAUCAAUUUAGAAUGAAUAACAAUUUUUAUUCAAGUGCACGUAUUAAUAAUGUUUUUAAGAAUAAUAUUGAAGAAACUAUUUUAUUGCCUGGAACAAAAUUUAGAAUUGACAAUGUUUCUGAUUAUGUUCUUGGUGAUGAAAAGGUGAAACUUGUUGAAUUAUCAUUAGAUCAAAAAUUAACGAAAGCAAGAAUUCUUAAGAAAAUAACGGAUAACUUAUAUUAUUUAGAGCAAGAAAGGAAACUAUUAAACCCUUCAGAUGACAUUGUUGACAGUAGUUUACGACUUGAAUUGUUAAAUCAAUAA